AUGUGGUGUCUUGGUUGGUUGUUUCGCUUCAUGUUUUUGGUGAUUUUGUAUCCACCAUUAGGAGAAGCACACAGUGUCUGUUACUCUCCAUAUGGAUGCUUUACCGAUUCGCCUCCAUUUGAUUACACUUUGUUACCUUUGCCACAGUCCCCAGCAGACGUAGGUACAAGACUCCUGCUCUAUAAAAGAUCUUUGACAGGCUAUGAGGUUUUGAGCAACAUCAAGACAGACGACUUGUUGAACAAGUCUAGUUUUGAACCACAAAUACCUACUAGAAUCAUCAUUCAUGGCUUUGCCUUUAUAGAUCCUGAAUCAUCCAUCAUUGAUAUCGAUGGUUGGUGGGGACUUACAAUGAAAGAUGAAUUUCUCAAGAAAGAAAAUCAAAAUGUCCUAAUCGUUGAUUGGAUAAAAGGUGCCAAGCUUUCUUACCUUCAAUCAACGGCUAAUACAAGACUAGUUGGAGCCCAGGUUGCGCAUUUUUUAAUGAUUGCUCAAUCUCUCGCACAGAAGACUGGAGUAAAACUGGGCUCUGUUCAUAUCGUUGGUUUCAGCCUCGGCGCGCACAUCGCAGGUUUCGUUGGACGACGAAUGAGAGCAAAUGGAUCUCUGCUGAACAGAAUAACUGGACUUGACCCAGCAACUGUCAUUUUCAAAGAUGCUCAUGCCGAUSUAAGACUGGAUCCAAGCGAUGCUAAAUUUGUUGACGUCAUACACAGUAGUUACUUUCUUGGAAUUAGUGCUCCUCAAGGACACAUGGACUUUUAUCCCAAUGGUGGGAACUUCCAGUCUGGCUGUACUAUUUUUGACGGUCCUGAUGGCUUUGUCUGUCAUCACGUGAGAGCUGCUCUUUACUUCACUGAGUCCAUCAACUCGUUAUGUCCUUGGAGAAGCUACCGCUGCAAUUCCGAAAGAGAUUUUGAUCGUGGAUUGUGUCUUGAUUGCAGUCUGGGGUGUCCACGAUUUGGUYUUKCUGCAGGUAUAAAUGGCAACAUCUCCAAAGGAACAUUUUACUUGUACACAGCACCUUCCACUCCUUUUUGUGUACAUCACUAUCACGUGACUAUGCACACAGCUGAUAGUAUCCUGUCUGGGANUUUUGGUAAGGGUCCACGUUUCAGCACCGUAGAGGAGAAUCGGCUCGAUUAG